AUGAAUGUAACUCCUCGUCUGGAAGAGGUAAAGUUAUUCAGGUUACAGCAGGAGAGCAAAAAUAUUGUGGCACCAACAGAACAGGGAGAAAAUUCCUUAAAAAAAAAUGCACGGGAAAAAAGAAAGCCAGUUUCAAAUCUUACGGAUGAACAGUUGCCAGGAAAAAAGCAGAAAGAUAUGGCUCAAAAUCUAAAGAAAACAUCUGAAAAAAACAAAGCUCAAGCAAAGCAACUCAUUCAUGAAGUGGAAGAUAUCAGAAAGAACACUGACAAACCUGAUCGUGCAAGUGAAAAUCAGACAAAUCAUAACCCUGGGAAACCUAGACAGUACAAAGAUCAGUGCACUGCCUUUAUAUCAAAUCUUAGUCUUAAGGCUACCAAUAAAGAUCUACAGGAUUUCUUCAGUGAUGUUGGUGGAGUUGCCGCUAUUCGAAUAUUGACAGACAAGUUUACUAAAAAGUCGAGGGGAUUGGCAUAUGUGGAUUUCUCUGAUAAUGCACACCUUGCAGCAGCUGUGGCUAAGAACAAGCAUAAUUUGCUUGGCAAGAGUUUGAGUAUUGCACGAUCAGAUCCCAAUCAGAGGAAAAAGAGAGGAUCUGCUGGGGACAGUGUGCAAACUGCUUAUGGGAAUUCUGAAAGAACUCGCAAAGGGGGACAUGGAGAUGACACUGUCCAGCUCCAGGGGAAGAACACAUUUGCAGUGCCAAGAGCCGUCAGACCUCUACCUCUCGGUUGGACCACCAAAGGUAAACAGAAAACUGAGGGAUCCGAGGAAGGAGGAGGAGACGAGAAGCCAAUAUCCAAUGAUGAGUUUCGAAAAAUGUUCCUGAAAGCUUGA